ACCCCGAGGGCCAGUCCUGCUCGCAGCUCGGCCCGAGGUCCGGUCCCGCGUCCGGGCGCUCCCCUCGCCCAAGGCCCGGCCCUGUCACGCCCGCUCCAGAUGAAGUGCGAGCACUGCACGCGCAAGGAAUGUAGCAAAAAGUCUAAAACGGAAGACCCGGAGAAUGUGAGCGCGGCAAGCCCGGGCCCCGCGCGGCCGGCGGGGGAGAAGGGAGAAUUCCACAGACUGGCUGACGCCAAGAUUUUCUUGAGUGACUGCCUGGCAUGCGACAGCUGUGUGACUGCGGAGGAGGGGGUCCAGCUCUCCCAGCAGAACGCCGCAGACUUCCUGCGGGUGGUGAACCUGAACAAGAAGUGUGACGUGUCGAAGCAUAAGGUGCUGGCGGUGUCCGUGUGCCCUCAGUCUUUGCCUUUCUUUGCUGCCAAGUUCAACCUCAGUGUACAGGACGCAUCCAGAAGGCUCUGCGGCUUCCUCAAAAGUCUCGGGGUGCACUACGUGUUCGACACGGCCAUAGCUGCGGACUUGAGCAUCCUGGAGAGCCAGAAGGAGUUUGUGCGUCGGUACCAGCAGCACAGCCAGGACGGAUGUGCCCUGCCCAUGCUGACCUCUGCCUGUCCCGGCUGGGUCCGGUACGCCGAGCGGGUGCUGGGCCACCCUGUCACACCCCACCUCUGCACUGCCAAGUCUCCCCAGCAGGUCAUGGGUUCCCUGGUGAAGGACUACUUUGCCAGACAGAAGAACCUGUCUCCAGAGAAGAUUUUCCACGUCAUUGUGGCCCCCUGCUAUGACAAGAAGCUGGAAGCGCUGCAAGAAGUUCCUCCUGCCGCCACGCCUGGUUGCCGCGGUGUGGACUGUGUGUUAACGUCAGGCGAGAUUGCGCAGAUAAUGGAGCAAAGUGACCUCUCCGUGACGGAUGCCGCAGUGGACACUCUGUUUGGGCACUGUGAGGCGGAGGCCGUGAGGUGCCAUGACGGAGCCGGCUCCGACGGGUACCUGGCACAUGUCUUCAGACAUGCAGCCAAGGAGCUGUUCGGUGAACACGUGGAGGAGGUCACCUACCGCGCCCUCAGAAACCGAGACUUCCGAGAGGUCACACUGGAGAGGAACGGGGAGGUGCUGCUGCGCUUCGCGGCCGCCUACGGCUUCAGAAACAUCCAGAACAUGGUCCUGAAGCUCCGGAAGGGCCGGUUCCCCUACCACUUUGUGGAGGUGCUGGCGUGUCCCCGAGGGUGCUUGAACGGCCGAGGCCAAGCCUACAGCGAGGAUGGCCAGGCGGACAAGGCCCUGCUGCGGCAGAUGGAAGGCAUGUCCCCGGGCCUCCCCGUGCGCCCCACAGAAGCCAGCAGGCCUAUGCAGGCACUGUACCAGGAGUGGCUGGAUGGGAGCGACUCCCCAAAGGCGCAGCAGACACUGCACACCUCCUUCCUGAGCCCCAGUGGCCACACGGAUGGCCUGGACAUCAAGUGGUGAAGAGGCCGCAGUACGGGGUGCUUGGACCACCCACAGAGCCCUGGUUCCAAGUCCUGCUACUGCUGCGUGUGGGCGUGCCCCGAGGCACACGGUGCUAUCUGCAGAAAUGCGUGGAGAGAAGGACUUCCCCAGUCCGGCUCCCUCGGAUUCUACUCCGUGGCAGAGACCAAGAGCACGCUGGAGAGCCAGCCCCGGAUCGGCCUGGGGCUGAGCAGGAAGGCAGGGCUGACAUCUGCUGGCUGUGGACAGGGCAAGAGCAGACCCUGGCCCUACUCCUUGCCUGGUUUGGCACUUGGUCUUUCCCGCUUGCAGUUUGGGGGACAAAAUCCUUAAUUCUGG